UCAGUGCCAUGAUUUAUGUACACUGCAGAUUUUUUUAGAGGGCUUAUGGAACGAUUAUGUCCGGCCAUCCGUCACGAUAACUCAUCCUAUUACUAAUUACAGCUGGGCCACGUAAUUAAGUACCUCCAAUUUUAAUUACUCCUAAUUAAGUCCUUCAAAUUCUUAAGUACUUAAUUUGAAAAAUACUGGAAUAAUUGAAAUUAAUUAUCAAUUACUAAUUACUUCAAUUUCGGUAAUUAAGUAAGUAAUUAACAGACGUCGGAUAUGAAUGAUCGAUAAAACCUUAAAAUAUGAAUGAAAAAUUACCAUAAAAAUCCCCAAAAUAUGACCAUAAAAAUGACUUUAUUUACCUUGGCAUCAGAUUGCAUCGAUUUGGCAUGAGUGAGCGCAUCGUCAAGCACAUGGCACCGUCCCACCAGCAGUAAAGGGGCGGCUGCCUCCCGCCCGUCACCAAAAUGGUCACAGCGUGACCAAAUGUCAUUUUUACACGGAAAUUUUGUUACAUCAUCGGACUACAAUUGAAAAAUGCACCGAAUGCAUAUAGUGGCAUUGCUAGGUCGGGGUCACACUUCCCUAGUGUUCCUAGUAAGAUACAUACAAAUGGUUUAUAUUAUUUUGCACCAAUAGUGGAAAAUAAGCGGGGAAAAUUGAUCCAUAAAUUUGACAUAAUUUCUACAAUUACGGCCACAACCAUGGGGAUGACUUUCUGCUGAUUUGUCUGCACUUUUGGAUCGUAUUAAAUCAAUUAGCCCAAUUGUUUGGCACCAUUAUGCCUUAUGGCUUGUUAGACACGAAUGGUGCCACGAAUUUCCUAAAAAAUGGCCAUGGUCCAAUUUAAUUAGCAUCAAUUGAUGCCAAAAACACAUUAACAGACAGACGGACAGACAGACAGACAGACAGGAGGAAUUCAAUAGCUCCCGUGCUACGCAGGGUGAGCUAAUAAGUAUGUGUUCGUUUAAUUUAAAUCUUCCAUACAAGCAAUCAUUCAUCCACGUAAUCACCCUUUUGAUUAUAUCAGGCAGACAAUUCCUAUUAAUCUUGUGGGUGUCAUGAUAAUGAAAUACAAUUCUGCAACACAAUUAACAACCAAGUGAUAUCUGUCGCAUUCCGUCUGGUUUACUCUGCACUCUUUCUUGUCUCGAUAAACUUAUUUCGCCAAAAUGAAAAUAUUCACAAUUUUCGCCACGAUUUCCUUUCUUUCCACCGUUUUGGCUGGGACUCCUUGGAUACCAGAACCACGUGACGGAUCAUGGCUUGAACGGCACGAAGGGUUCGUCAACAAUUCCUUAAUAAACGGGGGUGAAAUCAACCUUCUCUUUUACGGUGAUUCCAUUACUGACAACUGGGAGGUGGACGAUCCAUAUUGGGGCGCUAAAGAAAUAUAUGACGAAUAUUAUGCUCCCUUGGGUUCUGCAAAUUACGGGGUAGGUUCGGACAGAACGGAACAAGUCCUUUGGCGAAUUAUUAAUGGGGAAGUUUCAAAUUUGCGGCCAAAAGUGUGCGUUUUAAAAAUUGGAACGAACAAUUUGGACGAAAACACCGAUGUCGACAUCGCCCGUGGAAUUGCCUCCAUCGUUACCGAACUCAGGUCCCGCUUACCAGAGACAAAAGUGCUUUUGCUGGGAAUCCUUCCGCGCGAAAAUUCUGUGAUGACGAGCCGAUGUGAAAAUAUAAAUGGGAUGAUUUCCAUCCUGGAUAAUGGAAACACGGUGCGAUACCUGAAUAUGAGGGGGGCCUAUUUUGACGGGAAUUUCUUCUACGAAGGAUUAUAUGUCCAUGAUUUGAUUCAUCUUUCCAAGUUGGGAUAUGCAAUGUGGCAGGAGGUGAUGGAUCCAUUGUUUUCGGAUAUGUUUAACUCGACUAAUUGAUUGAAAUUAUUUAACUCAUAUAUUUAUGUGGUUCACUUAUUCAAGCAAAAUCGGAAAUGUACACAAUUGUAUCUGUUUAAUGGUUAACAGAGCAUAUAUGUCUUUCCACUUGUAUGUAAUAUUAGAAUACGUGAAUGCAAACAAAUAAUGGCAAAUGUGUAAUUUUUCAUUAAUUUUACCAAUUUAUUACUUGAUACCUCCAAAAAUCUAAUCCAACAAUAAAUAUCCCAUCACUCAG